CAAGAAAAGAUUGUCCUUUUUCUGCGGUCCAGCCACGUGAAAUAUGACGUCUAAGAGACAUAUAAGACCAAGAUGGAUGCUGGGUUCAAAGUCCUAUAUCGCAACAAUCUCACCUCCAUAGCUGGAUAACUCGAUAAAGGUCCCCGAGCGAAGAGACAAACUACAUCAGUCCAUCAUGGCCAAGCUGGAACCGUAUGUGCCAGGCUACUACCUGUGGAGCUACAUGCCCUCCAUUGCGGCAGCGGCUAUCUUCCUCGUCCUCUUUCUGGGGGCCACCGGAAUCCACUUCUUCAAGCUAUUCCGAUCCCGAGCAUGGUUCAACAUCCCCUUAGCCAUUGGCGGCAUCUUUGAGUUCAUCGGAUUCAUCGCAAGAAUAAUCUCGCACUUCCAUACAGCGGAGCUUGGGCCUUACUCUAUGCAGGGCGUGCUCAUCCUCCUCGCUCCAGUUCUCUUCGCCGCAUCUGUAUACAUGACGCUAGGUCGGAUCAUUCGGAGCGUCGAUGCAGAGCAAUACUCUAUAAUCUCCCUUCGCUGGUUGACGAGGGUCUUUGUGACGAGCGAUGUUCUUGCCUUCCUCAUUCAAGGCAACGGAGCGGGCUUGCAAGCGGUGGAGUCAAUGCAGACCUUAUCCAAAGUCAUUGUUAUCGUUGGCCUUAUCUUCCAAGUGGGAAUGUUUGUUUUCUUCAUCAUUGUCUCGGUUGUAUUCCACAAGCGUAUGCAAAAGCGCCCGACAUCCGGAGCACAGUCACCGUGGAAGUAUCACAUGCAUACGCUCUUCGCGGUCAGUGGUCUCAUCCUGGUCCGGUCAAUCUAUCGUGUUGUUGAGUAUGUGAUGGGGUAUAACGGCUACCUCUUGACGCAUGAGUGGCCACUCUAUGUGUUCGACUGUAUGUUGAUGUGGCUCGUUCUGGCGAUUUGGGCUGCGAGGUAUCCUGGCGAUAUCCAGACAGGGAAGCCUGAGAUGGAGCUCCUUGCGACACGGAGCGAUGAUGAUACGAUUGUAUGA